AUGGAGAACGAGGACGAUACGUUCGACAAAACAAUAAAUGCGAUCAAACCAAUUCACGCUGAUACCGUUCAUAAAAUUUGUUCUGGUCAGGUCGUUUUCAGCUUAGCAGUAGCAGUUAAAGAACUUGUAGAAAAUUCUUUGGAUGCUGGUGCCACUAGAAUUGACAUAAGAUUUAAGAACUAUGGUAUUGAUUUGAUAGAAGUUGUAGAUAAUGGUACCGGUGUAACAGAAGAAAAUUUUUCUGCUUUAACUUUGAAAUAUCACACAUCUAAACUGAGUGACUAUUCAGAUCUUCUUGGUGUAUCAAGUUUUGGAUUUAGAGGUGAAGCCCUUAGUUCUUUAUGUUCACUUGCUAAUGUAUCAAUAACUACAAGACAUCAGACUGCAGAACAUGCUACUAAGAUUGUAUAUGACCAUAAUGGUCAUAUUAUAAAUAAAACUCCAUGUUCACGUCAAGUUGGAACAACCGUUACCUUAAAAAACUUGUUUUGUUCACUUCCAGUGAGACAAAAAGAAUUUCAUAAAAAUGUUAAAAGGGAGUUCAAUAAAAUGACAAAUUUAUUAUAUGCCUACUGUUUAAUAUCUGUUGGAGUAAAUAUCACUUGUAGUAAUCAAACAAAUUCAAAUUCAAAAUCAUUGGUUGUAACAACACAAGGUGAUGAUCUUUUUAUAAUCGACCAACAUGCUACUGAUGAGAUCUACAAUUUUGAAAUGUUACAAAGGACUACAGAAUUAACAAGUCAAAAAUUAGUUAUCCCACAACAACUAGAACUCUCCGGUGUUAAUGAAGAGAUAUUGAUUGAUAAUCUUGAUGUAUUUAAAAAGAAUGGUUUUAAAUUUGAAAUAAAUGAAAAUGGCUUACCUACAAGAAGGGUUAAACUGUUGACGAUUCCUAUGUCAAAGAAUUGGAUAUUUGGAAAAGAUGAUAUUGAAGAAUUACUUUUCAUGUUAAGGGAAAAUCAAUCAGAACACUGUAGACCAAGUCGAGUUCGAGCAAUGUUCGCAUCAAGGGCAUGUAGAAAAUCGGUCAUGAUUGGAACAGCUUUAAGCAAAGCAGAUAUGAAGACACUAGUCAACCAUAUGGCGGACAUAGAUAAACCUUGGAAUUGUCCCCAUGGCAGGCCUACAAUACGUCAUCUUGUUAAUUUAUCAAUGGUUUAUACAAAG